GCAGGAUUUUCGCUGCGAAGGCUGCGCCAGCAACAUAAAUGCCAAGGGCAAGGACAAACCGGAAUCGCUCAUUUUGCAGGUGCGUGCCAGCACAACACAACAUGAACGCUACACUCACUUGGCCAGAGUUUCUAAGCCAGGCCAAACAAUUUCUGGACAUCUCACAGCAAUUAAACGAUAGCUGGCAAUUGUAUAAAAAAGAUGACGAAGAGCCCAACAGUUUUCUGAAAUACACGCAAAAGAUCAAAUGCAAAGCGAACGAUGAGCUGAUUAAUGUGGAAUAUCACAUCGUAUACAGCGUUUCCUAUCAGGUGCCAAUGCUCUACUUUCAAGCACAUAGAUCAGACGGUCGCCUCUUGGAUUUAGAGGCCACUUGGAGUGUAUUUAUGCCAGACGCAUCGCGUACCGAUCUAUACGAAAUGCUAACGCAAAUGGAGCAUCCGGUGCUGUUUCGCCCAUUCAUGGCACUGCAUCCUUGCCGAACCUGCGAGAUUUUAGCCCAAUUCGGCAAACAGAGUAGAAAUCUUGUACUAACCUUUAUAAGUAUAUACGGUCCGUAUGUUAAGUUAAGUUUGGCUAAUGCCUACGGCUUAUAUAUUGAAGAAAACGAAAGAAGCAUUGAUUAAUAACAUCUAUACAGAUAGAUUGUAUUUAUUAUUGGCUUGUUUUAAACACUGAUUACAGGCGUGGCUUACAUAGAUGGUUAUGAUUCUUAGUUCUCUAUUCUAAUCAGAUAUAUAUAUAUAUAUAUGUAUAUAUAUAAAUGUAUUUCAAGAGCCUUGGCACAAUUGUAAACCAAUUUGGGGUUUAUUAUAAUAAGCCAGAAAAAGCGGAGGCAAGUUUUCAACCGAAUCGAAAUACCUAAGUUAUUUAAUGUUUAAGCACUUGAAGCUGCAUAAUGGCACAUUUAUGAAUAAACUACAAUAAAAGUAUAAACAAUACGAGUA